AUUCCGCCUUGAUCAAAUCUCUCAAACGCCGCAAAAAUCGAGCGAAAGUCUCAACCAAUGUAUGGAGCAUCAGGAAAAUUGGGCAGGUGGAUGAGAGCUUCAGCCUCGUUAGGGAGAGCCCUUUCAGUUUUGGGAUGGAAAUAAAGCUGACAACUGACCUUGUGGAGGAGAUCAAGGGCGUGGGAAUGUUAUUCAAGUAGGGGUCAAAACCGCAAAUUCACUUGAUCCAGGAACCAGGGGACUUAUGUGAUACUAUAUAUGAAGAACGUCAGAGUGGCGAAGUUGGAAAUGGCUUGCUUGUAGAACAGGAGGAACUUGGCGUAAGGUUAAUGUACAGCGAGAAUUAGAUGAAUCAACUAAAAAUCAUGUCUAAAGGCGGUCAGAAUAAGCCGAGCAUAAUAUGAAAGCAUCAAAGUGUCAGAAUUAGCUCAACCUUCAACGACUUCUAAAAUGAACAUAACUUUUAAUAAUUUUUACUUAUUAAUAUAAUGAUUUGCAUUAAUGGGAGGUAAAAAAAAUAUUUUGUAUAGCCUGACGUGUCAAUCCUGCUGCUCACUUACCUGAUGAUAUUAGUGGGUUGUUAUCGUAAAAAAAUCAUGCUUCUCUGAGAAAAAUGAUAUUUUUUUCGUUGGGGGAGGGAUAGCUGGUGAGCUUUGGUUGACUAGGAUACAAUACAUACAUGAUGUGUGUGAUUUUUGGACUAACCGACUAAAAUUGUUAAAUGUACAUAUUUGUGAUGGAUGCCACUUCUAAUAGACACCCUGAUAUUUGUUCAAUCCCAAUCUCGAGCGGGAAAUACUAGGGAUGUUUUCAAUCCAUUGGCCUGAACUUUGGAUUUUACGCAUCAACUCCUUCAACUUGUGUAGUCGUGGUUGUGAAAGAACUUGAUUAAUACUAUUCCAUAUUAAGUUUUCUUUACCUUGGCUGGAACUUUCUGGACACUAAUAUGCCCCCAUUUUCAGUAAUAUUAUAAAAGAAUGAAUUUCUGCAUUUUGCCAGCUAUAGAAAUUUGUUUGAGUUUUGAGUGAUCAGUUCAAACAUAACUUGUAGUCUUGUAGCCAUUUAGCAUGGUUCUCCAAAGUUGGACUUAUUCCUAUCAGUUUGCUUCUUUAAUCCUUUUUCUCUUCGUGAUAACAUAGCUAUUGUGUUAGAUCAUCAGAAUUCAGCUGUGAAGAAUCAAAUGAAGGCAUUUGCUGCUUCCGAGUGCAAGUGGUUUUUAGUUACAAUGCAAGUUUUUCUUUGUCGCCCACAAUUUUUACUUUUUAAGUUUGGUUGUCAGUUACUGCUUACUACUGAAUGAAUAUUGUUUUCAGUAAACAGCCACAAUUCUGGACUUCUGAUAAGGAUAAUUUCCUAAGCAGGGGUUUCCCCUUUAAAAUGUCAUCUUUGCUAAAAAAUAAUGAUCGUGUUGCCUCUUUUUUUCCAAAUCGUGGAAUACAGAGGUAUGGAAAUAUAUAUGAAUCACAUUAAAAGUUUUUCUGAUUGUGUGUUUAUGCGAUGCCCAUUUCGAAAAUUUGGAUUUUUAAGGUUUUGUGGAAUACCUUAGGCAGUUUCUGUAGUUUACUCGCACAUAUACAUAGUGUAAUUGUGUAAAUUGAUGGUAAAUAAUGCAUUUGAAGCAGAAUCGUGCCUAUUGUGGAUGCUACUAAACACAGUUUGUUUUGGUUUGAUGAAUAGCUUUGAGAAUGUGGGUAGUUGUAAAGAUGGGAUUUGUUCAGUGUAUUACAUUGGUUUAGUUGUGUUUUAGAAAUAUAAAAUAGUGUGAAUAAGCUUAGAAUGAUGGUGAAAUGAUAGGUUACAUUAAGGAUUUUGAAGUUCAUGAUUCACAUAGGGUGGGGAGGAUAAGCGUGCAUCUGCAGUGGAGGGUGAACGAUUGUCGGGCUCUCACAUAUCGACAAGACAUCAAGGCAGUACAUUGAGAGCUACAAAACUCAAAUGCUUCCAGUGCGCCAGGCUGUGGAAUUUGGAAAUAUCUGGGGGGAUAAAUCUACACUAAGAUGGUUCCGUGAUGGUAAAAUUGCAGAAGGUGCAGUAUGGGAGCACGAAGCAUGGGAAAAACAUCUUAUCAUAAAGGAAAUAUGUGAGCAUGUUCUUAUGCGCCAUCUGUCCCUUCCAAAACAAAAUAUCAUUACAAUUGUAGAUCACCUUCAUUUCGUACUUCGCCACAGCAACAAAGAUCCUGUAUCCUGGCGCUGGAAGUUUAAUGAAGGCUUAUGAUGACCUGUCGAAGCAUCUGCGACUUCUUGAUGACAUUCCCCUAAGAAUAUCUAGUGGAGACACACAUAAGUUUGAGAUUGCAGAGGACAUGUUUUGGAGAGAUGGGGAGCCGUUUAGGAUAAUUGGAGGAGACUUGCAUUAUUUCCAAGUGCAUCCGGAGUAUUGGAGAGAUCGACAGCUGAGAGCAAAGGCAUUGGGGUUAAACACGAUUCAAACUUAUGUACCCUGGAACUUACAUGAGCCAAAACAAGGUCAUCUGGUAUUUGAGGGCAUUGCAGACAUAAUUUCAUUUCUCGAGCUAUGCAAGGAAUUGGAUUUGUUGGUUAUGCUGCGUCCUGGGUCCUAUAUCUGUGGUGAGUGGGAUUUGGGUGGCUUCCCUGCUUGGUUGCUUGCCGAAGAGCCUCCUAUUAGAUUAAGAUCAUCAGACCCUGCCUACCUUGGAUUGGUUGAGAAGUGGUGGGGAAUCCUACUUCCAAAAGUGUCUCCGCUUCUUUACAGCAAUGGGUGUCCAAUUGUAAUGGUCCAGAACUUUGGUUCCAUGUACACUACUGAUGGCGGUGAAAGGGUAAAUCUGGAGAAAGGAACAAUUCGAGGAGAUGCUGUUUUCUCAGCGGUUGACUUCACCACCGGAGACGACCCAUGGCCCAAAUUCAAGCUGCAGAAAGAGUUCAAUGCACCGGGAAAAUCACCUCCACUGUCAACGGAGUUCUAUGCUGGUUGGCUUACACACCGGGGGGACACUAUUGCAACCACCGGUGCAGUUUUUACUGCUGCCUACUUGGACAAGAUUUUGUCAAAGAAUGGAUCCGCUGUCCUCUAUAUGGCGCAUGGUGGGACGAACUUUGGAUUCUAUAACGGUGCUAAUACCGGAGAUGAUGAGUCGGCCUACAAGCCAGAUCUUACUUCCUAUGAUUAUGAUGCACCGAUAAGUGAAUCGGGUGAUGUGGACAAUGCAAAGUACAAAGCUUUGAGAAGUGUCAUCGCAAAAUAUAGCCCUCAGCCUCUUGCUUCUGUCCCUUCCAACAAUGAAAAGGUAGCUUAUGGGCGUAUCAAGCUACAUAAAAGCUCGUUUUUGUACGACGCAACCAGGAUGACCUUGCUGAUGCCGUAGAGUUUGAGAACCCGUUUUUAAUGGUAGCUAUUGGACAGAUGUUUGGCUUCGUGUCAUAUUCCUCAUACUACACUCCACAAGGCAAUGGAAGUGUGUUAUCAAUACCAAAGGUCUUCUCAUCGUAUCAAUAGCUGCUAAACUUUCUUGGUUGUAUUUCAUCGUAGUUGCAUUUCAUAAUGAUAUCAUCUCAAAUUAAGGGUUUAGGGUUUAGGGUUUAA